GUAUCUUCGAUUAACCGCGUCUUGCGCAAUUUAGCAGCACAAAAAGAGCAACAACAACAACAGCAACAUACCAAUGCUACAUCAGUAGCAUCGUCUCCAGUAGACAAUAAUACGACUAAUUCAAUAACAUCUACAAAUGAACUACAGACGGCGACACCACUAAAUUCUAGUGAUAGUGGAACUAGUACUACAAAUCCUGUAGCAAUAUCGACAGACAUCGCCUUAGAUAUCAGUUGUUCAACCACAGAUUCUAUAGUUUAUGAAAAACUUAGACUCUUAAAUGGUCAUACCGUACAUCAUCAUCACCAGCAUUUACAAGGCCAUCACCAAUCUGGACCAUCGCAUCAUCACCAUCAUCACGCUUGGCCACCACGUCACUACUCCUCACCGUCAUCGUCAUGGUACACUCCACCUUUAAAUGCGAAUAGUAAUUUAACGGCGAAUAACGCAUCUAAUACACCUGCAUCAGCAGGUUUCCACAGCCAACAUCUAAGUCCGAGUGCAACAUCAAUACAUAAUAACACGUGCUCCACAACCGGUACAGAGGAUAUAACCUUAAAAAAAGAAAUCGAUGGUCAUAAUUCUGAUGAAACUGCUUCAGGUGAGGGUGAAAACUCAAACGGUGGCAUAUCAAAUUUAGGUGCUAAUGAAGAUGAUCAAGCGCGUUUGAUUUUAAAACGCAAAUUACAAAGAAAUCGUACAUCAUUUUCAAAUGAACAAAUCGAUAAUUUAGAAAAGGAAUUUGAACGCACUCAUUACCCUGAUGUUUUUGCACGGGAACGUUUGGCUGGCAAAAUUGGCUUACCAGAAGCUCGUAUACAAGUAUGGUUCUCAAAUCGAAGAGCGAAAUGGCGUAGAGAAGAAAAAUUGCGAAAUCAACGCCGUACACCUAACUCAACAGGACCGGUCUCGUCGUCCACCACCCCUGCUGCCUCGCUGACUGACAGUCCAAAUAGCAGCAGUAUUGGAGGUAGUUCCACAGUUGCACCUGUUAUGCCAGUAUCAACUAGCAAUUCCAUGACGGAUUUAACGUCAACAUCUUCCAUCACCAACUCAGUUGUAGCUGCCAAUGGCCCGGCGCCUUCACUAGCUCCCAGUACUAGUCAUCUUGAUACGGCUCCAACAGAACAUUUAGAAGUUGCUACACUAGGACACAAUAAUAGAAGUGCUACCACUAGUUCUAACGGCGAAAACAGUCAUGUACAAAGUAACAACAAUAAUGGUCGUAGUAGCAGCAACAACAACAACAACAUUUCCUGCCCAACAUCAACUAGCAACACAGGUUUUAUACAUUCACUACAUCAUACUCCGGCGACUCAUCACAGUGUCAUGCAUUCGGAAUCUCACCUAGGAAGUAGUAUCAUGCCAACUCUCUCACCACAACGCAUAAAUUUAAAUGGUGGUUUCGGUACAACUAUGACAGCGAUAUAUCCAUCUAUGCAUCACACUGCUAUAUCAAUGAGCGAUACCUAUAGUUCUAUGGCACCUAUGACAAGUUUUGCACAUUCACAUCCGCCCAUAACAUCUAUACCUGGUUCUCCGAUAUCACAACAAAGAGAUUUAGUAUCACCAUCACUGUAUCAGUGUCACGUUUCCUUAAGACCUCCUGUACCACCGAAUCAUCACCACCACCACCAUCACGUUAUUUCUAAUGGAAGUUUUGGGGCCCCCUCCGGAAAUGGUAGUUGCAACACUACAGGUCAACUGCAGCGCAUCGGCAGUGGAUCAGCAAACAGUACGCCAACUCUUAACUCAGGUCAAAGUAGUUACGAUAGCUUAGGUGCAUAUUCCCAUGCUGUAGGAUUACCUCCACCAUCAACGUCAUUACCAACACAUCAAGGAAUAAGUAGUUGUUCAUCUGAUCGUCAGACCUCUUGCAGUCCCCAUGCUAAUUUAAGUAACAAUAUCGGUCUAAACACCCACAGCGGAACAGUGCCAACCUCGACAGCUACACCAUAUUCACAAAUGGGUUAUAACGGUUACACAGCAGUUGCGGCGGCAGCCACCUGCAAUAACUCCAAUAACAGUCCUUCUCCAAUCCCACAUCCGUCAACGGGUAAACAACAGCAAUUUUUCGCUUCCUGCUUCUAUUCGCCAUGGGUGUAGACUCUCUAUAAUAUAAAAUUAAAACAGAUUUUUAAAAUGUUUUAAAAAUGGUUUCUUUGCAAAAAAAAAAAACAAUACAAACAGCACAUCACAAACUUUUAUGUAUUUAGUAGAUAUAAAAACAUACAACUUGAACAAACACACAAAAUAUAAAUUAAUUUAUUAUAAAUAUUCCAAUUUUAAAAUAUAACAUAUUUUAUUAUCAUAUGAUCAUUUAAAAAAAUAACAAACUAAACAUAUCUUUACCAACUAAUGAGUUUUGUACACACGUAUAUAAAAUAUUUAUAAAAGAUUUUUCAGUUGUGGAUUCUCCAUUUGCUAACAUUGCUCUGGAAACCUAUUAAGACAUAACUUUUUCUUGGUACAAUUUUCAAGAAAACUUUAAGUAUAUUUUUAAAUGUACUUCUUGAUUAGGCGAUAUUCUAAACACAUUCCACAUCGUCCCAGUGUAAAUAUUGCUUCAUGCUGCACAUACAUAAUUGAUUACGCAUGUUAAAAAUUAAUCUUUUCUGAGGAUGCAGACGAAGUGGAAUAACUAGUAAAUUAAAACAUAUCCUCAAAAAUAUGGUAAUCAUAUCGUUUUUUGCUAUAUCAAAUUAUUAAGGGUUGAAACCGACUCAUCAUCUUUUGAAAAUCUGAGUUUAUAUUAGUGUUCAGUGAACCCUGUUUUAUAUUUUUAUGAAAAAUUCAUCACUUUAUAUAUAUAUGUAUAAAUUAAAAUUGCUGACCUCCUUAUUGGACCCCCAAUAAUAUACAUAUAUGUAAGUAUGUAUGUGUUAUACAUUUAAUAAUAAUUAUGUCAAAAAUUCCACGAUUCUGUAACUCUGUUCCAGUAUUAGGGAAGCUUCAAGCACUUGUUACAAACUUGUUUAAAAGUUUUGUUUAUAGCACGAUUGCUGAAUAGAGACUUAACAAAGCUACAUACGUAUGUACAUUGUAUGUAUGAUUUUUUUUCGGUUGGUGUGGGGAGGCAUUAGAAAAAAUUUAGUAGUUGACAACGUUUUGGUGGCAUUUUUUAUUGAUUUCUGUUCAAUGCAUUACAGUAAGCGACAGUUUUCAAACCAAAUUUUAAUAAAGAAUAUGCAUGUGAAAUCCUAUUUACGUGACAAAAAGCUUGAAUUACAGAAAUAAAUAUCUGGACUUAAAGUAAAACUACAUAUAAAAACAUAAUAAAAAACUUUAAUUAAAUA